UUCCCCGUCCUGUUCCGUCUUCUCCUUUCCCCCCUCCCCCCCAGUUCCUUUCCCAUGGCGACGCUGAGUGGCCUCAGCCGGGCCCUGCACCGCGGGAACCUGGGCCAGAGCGCGGCCAUGGAUCGGAUUUUCUCCGGUAUCCAGCCAACUGGGACACCUCACCUGGGCAACUACCUUGGAGCCAUUCAGAACUGGGUGAAUCUGCAGGAGGAAUGCAGCUCAGUGCUGUAUAGCAUUAUGGACAUGCACUCUCUCACCGUGCCCAAGGAGCCAGCUGUCCUGCGCCAGAACAUCCUGGACACCACGGCUGCCAUCCUUGCCUGUGGUGUUGACCCGAAGAAGUGCCUUCUGUUCCAGCAGUCCCUGGUUUCUGAGCAUGCACAACUUGCCUGGAUUCUUGGGUGCUUAACUAACGUGCCACGUCUGCUGCGCUUGCCCCAGUGGAAGACAAAGCGUGCCAGCCAGAAUAACGAAGGGACUGCGGGUUUGUUGACUUACCCUGUGCUUCAAGCAGCAGAUAUUUUGCUCUACAAGUCGACACAUGUUCCCGUUGGAGAAGAUCAAGUCGUGCACCUGGAACUAGCCCAAGAUAUAGCACAACAUUUCAACAAGAAAUAUGGAGAAUUCUUUCCUGUGCCCAAAACCAUUUUAAGUGCAAACAAAAUAAAGUCCCUCAGAGACCCAACAGUGAAGAUGUCCAAGUCAGACCCGCAGAAGUUAGCUACGGUAAGCAUCGCAGACAGCCCCGACGAGAUAGCGCUGAAAUUCCGCAAGGCCGUCACUGACUUCACCUCUGAGGUGAGCUACGACCCAGCCGCUCGCCCUGGUGUCUCCAAUUUGGUGUCCAUUCAUGCUGCAGUGACGGGACUUAGCAUCAAAGAAGUGCUGCACCAAGCUCUUGGCCUUGACACGGCGCAGUACAAAAUGGUGGUGGCGGAGUCGGUUAUCCAGAAGUUUGCGCCGAUCAGGAGCGAAAUCAAGAAACUGCAGGAAGACAAAUCCCAUCUGAUGAAAGUUUUGGAGGAUGGAGCAGAAAAAGCCAAAGAGCUGGCUGCCCCCAUCUAUCAAGAAAUCAGGAGACUGGUGGGAUUUCAGUAGAAACUGCUGAGCAGCUACAGAACUUGUGUUUCCUGGGACAGAUGUUUUGUUAUUUGCAUCUUCUCUUGAAUCAA